AUGAGUCGACUGGACAAAUUCUUGAUUUCAGAAGAGUGGCUUAGAAGGUGGCCAGCCAGUUCACGAUGGGCUCUAGAGAAGGGGUUAUUCGACCACUUCCCCAUUUUGCUCGCCGAUGAUAUGAAAAAGCGGGGUCCGAAAUUGUUUCAAAUGUUAGAUUGCUGGAAAAAUAUUGAUGGGUAUCACAACUUUGUUAGAGAGCAAUGGUUGAAUUUCAAAGUGGAGGGUUGGAGAUGUUUGUUUUUAAAAGAAAAGCUGAAUAUGAUAAAGAACAAACUAAAAGAGUGGCACAGAUGGCACACUCAAAAUUUAGAAGGGAUGAUUAAAGAAACAAAAGAAGAACUCAACAUAAUUAAGAUCAAAGAAGAAUCUAUGAAGCUAAAUCCAGUAGAGAUGGACCCCAAGAAAGAACUAACUGCAAACCUUCAUAAGCUCAUGAACCUCAAUGGUAACAUACAAUGCCAAAGAUCCUUUAACAGGUGGUUGAAAGAAGGAGAAGCUAAUACUAAAUUUCUUCAUGGAUGUAUCAAUAAAAGGAGGAAAGUGAAUGAUAUUGUUGAGUUAGAGUUAAAUGGGAGAAUGUCAAAGAAAGCAAAUGAGAUAAAAGAAGGAAUUGCUGAUCACUUCCGUAAAAAGUUUGAGGGGUGA